CAUCAGUUGAGUUUUGCCCAGUCCAGGCACCACACACCCACAGAGACUAAGAGAGAGACAGAGAGAGAGAGAGAGGAAGCGAGCAAGAUGAAGCUGUUUGUCUGUAUUGUUGUUGCCCUUCUGGCGCUCAGUGCGCCCGCCCAAGCUUUGCUGGGCGCCAAGAUUGCCUUGCUCAAGGCCCUUGGCGGUGGUAUUGGCGGUGGCAGCGGCUUUGGCACCAGCGGCGGUGGCAGCAGCAGCGGUGGCAGCAGCUACAGCGGUGGCUACGGCAGCGGCGCCUACAACGGCGGCUAUGGCCAGGGAUACUACACACAACAGAGCCGUCCAGUCUACAACAGCGGAUACAGCAAUGGUGGCAGCUACGGCGGCAGCUAUGGCGGUGGUUAUGGCGGUGGUUAUGGCGGUGGUUAUGGUGGUGGUUAUGGCGGUGGCGAGCAGGUCAUCAAGGUCAUCAAGGUGGUCGAGCAACAGCCCAGCUAUGCCCGCUCCAGCGGCUACACCGGUGGCUACAACGGUGGCUACUCUGGUGGCUACUCCGGUGGCUACAACGGUGGCUACUCUGGCAGCUACAGCGGUGGCAACAGCUACGCCAGCUCCGGCAGCUAUGCCAGCUCCGUGGCCUCGGCUCCGGUUGUCCAGACCUCGGCUGUUGCCCAGGCUGUGCCCGUGCCCUCCGUCACCUACACCGCCCCAGCUCCCGCUCCCGCUCCAGUUGCAGUGCCAGUGUCUGUCUCUGUGCCUGCACCAGCUCCCAUCACCUACUCCGCUCCAGCACCCGCUCCUGCACCCGUCAGCUACACCGUGUCCGCCCCAGCGCCCGCUCCAGUCACCUACUCUGUGCCCGCUCCCCAGCCUGUAGUGCGUGUGGCUCCCGCUCCCGUUCCCGUUUCCGUUCCCGCUCCAGCGCCAGUGACCUACUCCGUGCCAGCGCCACAGCCUGUGGUGCGUGUGCAGCCCGCUCCCGUUCCAGUCCCAGUUCAAGUGCCCGCUCCAGUUACUUACUCUGUGCCCGCGCCACAGCCUAUUAGCUACUCGGUGCCCGCACCCCAGCCUCAGCCACAACAGCAGUUUGUGAAGACCAUCAAGGUGAUCGUCGAUGACGACAACAGCGGCGACAACAACAGCCGUGUUCCCAGUCCAGUCUAUGGUGCACCAGCGCCUGUGGUCAACUCCUACUCGACUGCGUCGUCGAGCAGCGGUUGGAACAACGCCGGCUCUGGUGGCUGGAACAACAAUGGUGGCUGGAACAACGGCGGCUCAAGCUGGGGCAACGGUGGCUCAAGCUGGGGCAACGGCGGCUCUGGCUGGAAGAGCGGCGGCAUCUGGGAGAAACUCGCUGCCGGCUGCUAAAUGUCUUCAUCUUCUUGGACAUUGGCCAGUCGCAUUCUAACCACAAAACGCUGCCCCAAAAAAGAAAAUAAUUCGACCACAGUCGAUACGAUAUUGUUACCUACUUACGAUCUACGAUCUACGAUCAUAUCUAAUCUAAAAACUUACUCACCUACUGUACUUUUUUUUUGUUUUUUUUGUGUGUCUAGUUCUUAAAAAAAAUAUACAUCAACGACUAUUGUACUUAA